GCGGUGCAGCUGGGCUGAGCCCUUGGCCUCCUGGGCCCGCUGGCCCCUACUGUUAGGAGAAGGCAACUUCUCCUGCAGGACCCCUUAAUCUUCAGGGCAGCUCCCAGAGCAUGGAGCCUUCCUGAUUCCACUCUUAGCCCAAUGUUCCUCACAGUCAAGCUGCUCUUGGGCCGGAGAUGCAGCGUGAAGGUGUCGGGACAAGAGAGCAUAGCCACAUUGAAGAAGCUGGUGUCUGAGCGGCUGCAGGUGCCCGAGGAACAGCAGCACCUGCUCUUCCGAGGCCAGCUGCUGGCCGAUGACAAGCGCCUCUCGGACUACUGCAUCGGGCCCAAUGCUUCCAUCAAUGUCAUCAUGCGACCCUUGAAGAAUAUGGCACUAAAGGAGGCCCACCAGCCCCAGCCCCAGCCCCAGCCCCAGCCCCAGCCCCUGUGGCACCAGCUGGACCGGGUCCUGGCUAAACACUUUAAGCCACAGGAUGCCAAGGCAGUGCUGCAGCUGCUGAGGCAGGAGCACAAGGACCGCCUGCAGAGGAUAAGCCUGGAGGACCUGGAGCAGCUGGCGCAGUACCUCUUGGCGGAGGAGCAGUGCACGGGGCCGGCAGGAGAGAGGGAGCCAGAGGCUGUGCCUCAGAGCCCCCACGGCAUGGAGGAGGAGGAGGCAGCAGUGGUAGUAGCUGAUCAGUAAACUGCAGUCCUACUCAUUUGCAUGCUAAAA